UUUUAGGUACUUGCUGAGCUUCCUAGGUAUAGCUUCCCAUUUUAUUCACACAAGCGAUCUUUUAGACGUAAUUGAGGGCUUUAUGGAUGUGAGCCACCGGCGAGCUAAACGCAUUACAAUACUGUGUUUCGUGCCUUUUGUGUUCAGAGAUCCUCUGGGGCAGCACUAAACACCCGAAACGUUAAGAGACCUCCGAAAACAUACAAUGACACUUGUUUGUACCGUGCAACUGGCAGAGAUGCGGUACUGCGCAUGCGCUGCUGGACGGGUGGGCUGCUGCCCUUUGGAUGAAGGAGAGUUGUCAGUGGAUCACUCUCAGUCUAUCAAUGCCAAAUCCCCAUUAUGGAUCCUGUCUAGCAUAUUGACAGCGUAUCUCUGCACAUUUUGGAACAGUUGUUGCAGUUUUUUUUAUAUAUAUAUUAACGGGUCUUCCAGAAACGCCUUUAAAAGUAAGUCGUAAAUCGCAUAUGGAUUAAUGUGGGAAAAACUUUUUUCAUUGAUUAAGGAACACUUCGUAAGAACACACGUUAGUGACUGAACGUGUGGAUAACAAGUAAAGUCAGUGUUGGUUUUUUCAUAUCUCUGGGGAAGAUAUUUGAGAAGUGUAUACUUUCUGGCGACAUGGACAACCUUUCUUCCGCAAAGGAAAUCCGUUCCGAGUGGGAUUGAUGCAAAGUUAGUCUAAGAUCCUGGAAGUUUCUCACGGGAAUAUGGGAUAUUGUGAAUUUAUGAUUUGUUUGCAGCAAAGCGCAUCUCACGUGGCCUUUAUGAGUUGUAAUACAUGUCUGCAUUAUAUUCAAUCUGAGACACAGCUACUGAAACUUUUGUGACGACCGGUGGGAAACAGUGGAUACUUGUCUGAAGCAACUCUGCUGGAUCUAUUGAAUUAACAUUGGAAUUUUUCUUUCCAAUGACAUUUCCGACGUUUUCCCAAGUUUGGUUUCUUUUUGCCACAUCUUCUCUUCAUAUUAUCUACAUUUCCCAGUCAAUCACUUAACGGUCUAACGCAGAGAAGUACUUUUGCAAUACAGGUUGUCUGUGGCUUGUGUUAGGAUGCGGGGAUGCACGGGAUUCCCGGUGGCCGUCGCGGCGGUAUUCACACUUUUGACUAUCAUUAACGUGAAAGCAAGUGGGGAAUAUUGUCACGGUUUCCACGACUCACAGGGUAAAUGGCGAGAUGGCUUCCAGUGUCCGGAGCGCUACGACAGCGCAGGAACGAUCAUCUGCUGCGGGAAAUGCGAACUCCGGUACUGCUGUUCCAGCACAGAAGCACGACUGGACCAGGGAACAUGUGAUAAUGAUAAGCAGACACAAGACACUAACACGGGGGACAAGGAUAACAAAAAAUCAGACGCGGUACCCAUUUAUGUCCCCUUCCUCAUCGUUGGCUCCGUAUUUGUGGCAUUCGUAUUGGUGGGCUCCGUGGUUGCGGUGUGCUGCUGUCGAUGUCUCCGGCCCAAACACGAGCCGUCAUCUGGCGGCGGGUCAGGAGGUGGGUCCAGCAGCGCCCGUGUCCUAGAGACCAUCCCCAUGAUGGCCAGUACGGGCACUUCGCGAGGCUCCUCCUCCCGCCAGUCAAGCACCGCUACCUCCUCCAGUUCUUCAGCUCCUCCCAGCGCACCUCGCCCUGCACCCGCCCCCAUGCUACGUGCCCAGGCCUCUUGCUGCUUGCCCCCAGAUGCCAGUGUCUAUGUAAACAUGCCCACCAACUUCUCUGUACUAAACUGCCAACAAGCCACUCAGAUUCUUCCUCACCAAGGACAGUUUUUGCAUCCACAGUACAUUGGUUUUGCCCACCCUGUUUCUCCUCCCCCUGCUUUCCUGGAUCCGUCUCAGGUGGGCUACCGGCAAUUGCAGUCUCCAUACCCUCCACCCACUAGCGUGGCUAGCGUCGCCAGCAUAACUGGCGAUCAGAAGUACCCUCCAGUAACCAUGUGAGUGAGUUAGCGGAGGGUGCGAGUAUUAUGGGAUGCACAAAUACCAUAAUAGUGGUGGUGAGCAAUCAGUUCAAAUUGAAGUCACAGGAGGAACACAAACAAUGGAUUAGUUCGGAGGAGCAAUGACGGGUCAUGCCUGCUUGUUGGUGAUAAAUGUGUUUGCUAGGCCUUCAGAAAACACUGCCUUCGUACACUUUAUUGUUACACUACUACACAAAGGAGACUCUCAAACUGCUACUUUGUCCAACACAAAGCUGUUUCUGUGACAUAAUGGACACAUUCAACACUUAUAAAGGAUUCAGUGCUGCCAAAAACGUGUAAUGUGCCUUGAAACGUGCUAAUGGUAAUGCACUAUGAAUGUGUGAGCCUGUAAAUGUUCGUGUUGUUGUAAAUGAAGUGUAUGUGUGUAUAUGCAUUUGUGUUGUGUAACCAUACAUGUGCGUGACUGUAUAGGUGCGAUGCUUUAUGAGAUGCGGUACAUGUGAAUACGUCUGUGUGUGUGCGCGCAGUGUGUAAUGGAAAUCACAGGUGCUUUAAUGGGAAAAGCAGUUCUGGCUCCCCGAUGGAUGCUUGACGUCUAAUGAAGUGAACACAGGCAGAAACACACACACACAUGCACAUAUACACACUCGCAUACCGGGGAAUUCAUUUUGUGGAACCAAACUCAUUUUCAAAGCCUUGUAGAGAAAAUACACAAAUAUAAAAGAGCUUUGAAACAUAUUUGGAUAGGACUGCGUGUGAAAGUGGAUUAAACUGUGUUGCUUUGUGUAUAGCUGCGAUCAGCGGUUUUCUAAAAGCGGCAGAGUAAAUUACGCACUAAAAAACUG